CAGAAAGCAUCGAUGGUUAUUUGCUUUCUUAAAACUAAAAAUGACAGUUUUGUUUUCUUACAUUUUGAAUUAUGCCCACAAGGGAGAGAGUUCACGGCAUUUUGAGCACUAGAACUCGAAUAUGAUGGGAGCCCUGUCUCCGUCUCCACCGGUAUGAUGCCCCUGUAAAUAAACACGCUGAUUUAUACACUGGUUAUCGCGGUUGGAUUCAGAUAAGUGAAAGGAAUCGAUACGCAGAAAGUGCACUUGUUAUUCCCAUUAUCAUACAAUGAUUCUUAUUCUCAUUCUCCACUCCACUCCACCCCACCCCACCAUCACCACGACCAUUAAAUUUCCCGUCCUGGGCUUUGUUGUGGUCUGGUGUUUUGAGGGUGUGAAGAAAGGAGGAAAAUUAAUUGUUUUGUCUUGGGCUUUUAAAUUUGGAUUGGAUGGAAGCUGCAGCAUUAGAUAGUUUGAUAAAGAGGCUGCUGGACGUUCGAGGUUCGCCCCCGGGGAAGAAGCUACAAUUAUCAGAAGCAGAGAUACGACAGCUAUGCGUGGUCGCCAAGGACAUAUUUAUGAAGGAGCCUAUGUUGUUGGAGCUGGAGGCGCCCAUUAAUAUCUUGGGUGAUAUUCAUGGCCAGUAUUCUGAUCUUCUUCAGCAUUUUGAUUGUGGUGGUUUACCACCCAAAUCAAAUUACUUAUUUUUGGGGGACUAUGUGGAUCGGGGAAAACAAAGUUUAGAGACAAUAUGCCUCCUCCUUGCUUACAAAGUCAAAUACCCAAAACAUUUCUUCCUUCUGAGGGGGAAUCAUGAAUGUGCCUCAAUUAAUCGCAUAUAUGGCUUCUAUGAUGAUUGUAAGCGCAAUUUCAGUGUUAAGUUAUGGAAAACUUUUACAGAUUGUUUCAACUGUCUUCCAGUUGCUGCUCUUAUAGACGAAAAGGUCCUAUGCAUGCAUGGAGGUCUGUCACCUGAUUUGAACAGUUUGGAACAAAUUAGGAGCUUACCUCGCCCUACAGAUGUGCCAGAUACAGGACUGUUAUGUGAUCUUCUUUGGUCAGAUCCUAGUAAUGAGGAUCAAGGAUGGGCUUUAAAUGAUGAUAGAGGGGUUUCUUACACAUUUGGUCCUGACAAGGUCUCUGAGUGUCUCAAAAAGUUGGAUCUGGAUCUCAUAUGUCGUGCACAUCAGGUGGUGGAAGAUGGUUAUGAGUUUUUCGCUGAUAGACAGCUUGUUACGGUCUUUUCAGCACCAAAUUAUGGUGAUCUGUUUGACAAUGCUGCUGCAAUGUUGAUCGUUGAUGAAACUCUCAAGUGCUCUUUCAGUAUUCUUAAGCCAGCUAAGAAAAAUCAAAAUGGUAGUUAUGCAAAUGCUAAUACUAGAUCUGCAACUCCUCCUCGUGACACAAGGUAGACUGUGUUCAAUCUAAAGCAUUAUUAUGCUAUUUGCAUAUGCCCAUUAAGUGUUGGGUAUGUUAUAUGCAGGGAAUCUGAAUUGACAAGUAUAUCAUCUCUUGCCAUUAUUGGUACUCUCAUAAAUGUUCAUAUAGAAGUUUGUCUUGUUUAAUGAAAGCCAGGUUCCUGUUUUGUUGGGAAUCCAACGGGAAGCAAUGCCAUAAAUGAAGCUUUGCCAAUUUCAUUUGAUUUUGAUUUCUGUUAAGGAUAAUAAAUGUUUAAACAGACUUUUCUUAAAAAAUAGUGAAUGAUGUUCUUGUGUCUA